GGCGGACCUGGCCGCCGCGGGCCCGGAGAGCGGCUGGCACGGCCGCAGUGCGGGGCCCAGCCGCGCUCGGCCUCUCAGCCAGGAUCCGGUCGUGUCCUCGGGCGGACCAUGGGGAGGCUGCUCCGCCUGGGCCGGCGGCGCAACGGCUGCGGCCAGCCCGAAGGCUGGCGGGGAGGCCAGCGGUGCCGCAGGCGGCAGCGCCGGGACGGCGCUGGAGCGCUCGGGCGAAGCGGUUGAGGCCCCGAGCCCAGCGGCGCCCCGGCGGCUGUUCUUUUCUCCCGCUGGCGGCGGGGCGCGCGCCGCAGGA